AGCUCAUUACGGCGCUGCUGGUUCAAAUUGACUCAAAUAUCAGUAGAGGGGACACACAAUGGAGCUGAGCACAGCACGGACACACUACUGAAAGACUUUAUCUGCAUGUUACACACCGUGCAGCUUUAUCUCGGUGUGGAAACGUACGCGAACAGCGGAAAUCACAAAAUAGUUUGGAUAGUCUUGCUCCUUUUUCUUUUUCCACUGUUUUUUUUUUUGCCAGUAAGAGAGAUUGCAUUCGGACACUGAGCUGCAUCACAUAAGAGGUCAUCAUGCCUCCCACCACCCCGUACGCUGGAAAGUUCAGCUCUUGCGGUCUUUACAGCAACAACAACAACCAUCCUCAGCCUCACAGCCCGUACCGCAACGGCACCGCCGCAAAGCCCGCGAAGGAAAACAUCUACAACGGCGCCUACUCUACCGCAGAAAACCCCUACGACAUCCCACAGCCUCGCACCGCCUAUCGAAGCGCCUCUUUGGGUUCUUCGAGCGUGAAGGAGCAUCAUUACAACAGCUGUGCGGUUUCGGAGAACCCGUACUCACCGCAGCCUCACAGCCCUCGCCAGCACAGCCCUCGCCAGCACAGCUCUUCCUGUCCGGGCCGUGCCCACCGUCACACCAGCAGCAGCAGCGGCAGCGAGCAGUCCUGUCGGAGCAACGCCGCUCCGCCGAAAAGCCAGCUUUACGGACAUGGCAUCACGGCCAGCUAUGGGGAGAUGUGUUACCAUGACAACAGUUUGGUUUCAGCAUCUCUUGAGGCGCUGAUCCAGCACCUGGUUCCCACAGUGGACUACUACCCUGAUAGGUCAUAUGUGUUCACCUUCCUGCUGAGUUCGCGCCUCUUCCUGCACCCCUACGAGCUCAUGACGAGGGUUUGUCACCUUUGUGUGGAGCAGCAGCGGUCCGGAGACGCCCUGCUGGAUAAGAUCCGUUUCCGCGAGGUGGCGCCUAAACUGGUGCAGCUGCUGACCGAGUGGACGGAGACGUUUCCUUACGACUUCAGGGACGAGAGGAUGAUGCGCUGCCUAAAGGACAUGACGCACCACGUGGCCCGAGGGGAUGAGUACUCGUGGCGAGCCAUGCAGCAGAUGACCCAGCGGCUGAUCAAACGCCUGUCAGCUCUUGGCCAGUACGAGGAGGCGGUGGCCGCGCUGAACGCCGUGGCGAUGGAGCGUCCCGCCUCCCUGAAAAGCAAACAGGCAUCCGGACAGCGAAGCGACGUACUGAGCGUGUGCGACGACCCCUUCAUCCUCGCGCAGCAACUCACACACAUUGAACUGGACCGGCUGAGUUUUAUCGGCCCCGAGGAGUUCAUCCAAACAUUCGCCAUGAAGGAUCCUCUUGAGAACCAUAAGGGUUUCUUCCGGAAGCGUAAAACCAGCAACCUGGAGGCUUACGUAAACUGGUUCAACAGACUGAGUUACCUGGUGGCCACUGAGAUCUGUAUGCCAGUGAAGAAGAAACAUAGAGCGCGCAUCAUAGAGUUCUUCAUCGAUGUGGCUCAAGAGUGUUUUAACAUCGGCAACUUCAACUCCCUCAUGGCCAUCAUCACUGGGAUGAACAUGAGUCCCGUUUCCAGACUUAAGAAGACCUGGAGUAAAGUCAACACUGACAAGUUUGAAAUCUUGGAGCACCAGAUGGACCCGUCCAGUAACUUCAGUAACUACCGCACUGCGCUCCGCGGUGCCACCCAGAGGUCUGAGACCGCACACAGCAUCCAAGAGAAGAUUGUGAUUCCUUUCUUCAGUCUCCUCAUCAAAGACAUCUACUUCCUGAAUGAGGGCUGUGCCAGCAGGCUUCCCAAUGGACACAUCAACUUUGAAAAACUGUGGGAGCUGGCGAAGCAAGUGAGCGAGUUUCUGGUUUGGCGUCAGGUUGCUUGCCCAUUCAACAGAGACCGCCGGAUCCUCCAGUACCUCGUCACCACACCUGUCUUCAGCGAAGAUGAGCUGCAUCUGGCCUCAUAUGAGAGUGAAGGACCUGAGAACAACAUGGAGAAAGACAGUCGUAGAUCUCUCAGAUCCUCCCUUCUGCAUCGAGAGAAUCGGUCGUAGGAGCAAGACAAUUUUCUCUGCUCUAGUAGAGUGUAAAUGAACGAGGUGAUAUAAAGCUACAGAUUCUCCAUAUUUAAUGGACACACUUUAACAUUCCCACGGCCAAAGCUUAGGUUUUGGACUUGGACAACAAACGCAGCUGGGAUCAUAUUUUCACAGAAGAACAGUGGGAUAUAUUAUACGGGCUAAUGAUUUAUAAAUCAGACACUGCAACACUCCUUAAUGAAAUUCAUUCAGUGCCAAAGGACCCCAAUUGCUGCAUUUAUUACUUUAGCCCUCUGCCCUGCAAGUCUUCAUGAACUGAAAUCAUUUUUUAAACGAAUGAAGCGCCUGGAUUACCGAUUGGAUCAUCGUCCGUGCUUUUUCUUCAACAUCAGCUCUAUCUGAGGCACUUAGAGGAUAUCAGACGACUGCAGAAGUAGUAAAAAAGUGUAUGGAUUUGGUUUAUUUCUUCAGUGAACCUCCAUCAUGGCAACAAAUGGCGCAAUUUGUGAUGACUUCUGCUAACACUCCAGCAAAUAACAGUCUCAUAUUGUGGAAAGACUGAAGCUGUGGAAGCAUGAAGCAUUUAUUACAUCAUUAGCACUGCUUCUCUCUCAGUUGAGAUCAAUCAAAACUACAGCGAGAGGAGAAAUCCGCUCUGAAAGGAAGAAUUGGUCAACAUUGAUUUGUAUUAUAAAUAACAGGCUAACAACUGCUUUUAGGAGUGGUGAUGCUACAUCGUUGUCUUGUUGAGUGCUUCAAAACCUGCACCACAUCUACUCCAUUUGCUCUAAGCACUACAUUCGAGCCCUUUAUCCAGUUUAAUAAUGCAAGUCAAUACAUCACCCACUUAUUUCCAAACACAUAUCGGAGACACCACUUUCAUCAACCACAGUCUAUUUGGUUCUGAACAUGAUCUCUUUUUGUGACGUGUGCACUUUGACGUGUGUAUUGGUGAUGCAAAAUCGUGUGAGUGACGGAAACAUCGUGCUAAUCAUGCAAAGCAAAUCAAAUGCACUUCAAGUACAUCAGUGGGGUUUUGUGUAUUGUAUUAUAGGACUAUGUGACUCCUAUUUUAAGGCGUCUUUCUACAGUAUUAAGUUGUAUUUUGUAUCAGAAAAUAUGUUUUUCUUUAUGUAAUCUCUAUGAAGUUUCACCAUGAGCUUGUUGCUGAUUGGUCAAAUGUAAGCUAUUUUGUUAUAAACAACACCAGUUCAUCUAUGACAAAGAAGUGUGUUUGGGUCUGAAUGGAGGGCAAGCUGAUAUGUGUAUGUGCAGCUUCGAUAUAAACGGGAAACUCAUCCUCCUCUUCAUCUCAUCUGUGAUGAUGUGAGCAUGAUUUGAUUCUUUAAAAUCUGCCUAUGAAUGAACGUGAUUCUACAUUUUUGUGUUUUUAAAAAAGCUCAUUUUAUGUUUCAAAUGUUUUAUAAAGUUCUUUUUUUUUCAUGUAAGCUUUUUUCAAUCUUUUUUGUGUAUCAUUUGUGUCACCGGUCAGGGUACUUAUACUGAAGGUCUUUGUGAAAAGAGAUUUAUAUUUUUUCUUUCAAAUAAACAGAAAAACUGAAUAGACUCACA